GGAGAAGCACCGUGUGGCACUGCUGGAUUUUUUUUUUUUUAAAGGAGAACUAUUCAUAUUCCGCAGAGGAUUUAUACCGUUAUUUAUCCUCGCUCUUUAUUCAAGGUAAAUCCAUUUACAGCGCUUAAGACGUACAGCCUUCCACGUGAGCAUGCGGACUCGGCUGCAAGGCUCGUCAUGGCGGAUACCGAGGAAAUCUUUGGGCUCCCAAGCACUCCGAGUGAUUCAGAAUCAAAGGAGCUGCAGGCUGAAAACAAACAAGAGACCCAGAUAGGAACCUCCAGCAUAUCUCCCUCUCCCCAGACAACACACACGCAACAGGGAAUGGAGGGAAUCAAAGUUUACUUACACGAACGAGAGCUGUGGGUAAAAUUCGAUGACGUUGGGACAGAGAUGAUUAUAACCAAGGCGGGAAGGCGCAUGUUUCCAAGUUACAAAGUAAAGGUGACUGGCCUCAAUCCAAAAACGAAAUACAUUCUCCUGAUGGAUGUAGUUCCAGCAGAUGACCACCGCUACAAAUUCGCUGAUAACAAAUGGUCCGUGACUGGCAAGGCAGAGCCCGCAAUGCCCGGCAGGUUGUAUGUGCACCCAGACUCGCCGGCUACGGGAGCGCAUUGGAUGAGGCAACUCGUCUCUUUCCAAAAACUGAAGCUCACCAACAACCACCUCGACCCGUUUGGACACAUUAUAUUAAACUCCAUGCACAAAUAUCAACCAAGACUGCACAUUGUGAAAGCAGACGAAAAUAACGGAUUCGGAUCCAAAAACACGGCCUUUUGCACUCACGUCUUUCCUGAAACGGCCUUUAUUGCUGUCACAUCCUACCAAAACCACAAGAUCACACAGCUAAAGAUUGAGAACAAUCCGUUCGCAAAAGGUUUUCGUGGAAGCGAUGAUAUGGAAUUGCACAGGAUGUCAAGAAUGCCAAGUAAGGAGUACCCAGUGGUCCCUCGCAGCACAGUCAGACAGAGAGUGGGCACCAAUCAAAGCCCUUUCGGGGGUGAUGUGAGGGGUCUGCCCACUCCCUCUAACCUGGGCUCCCAGUACCAGUGUGAAAAUGGAGUCUCCAGCACCUCCCAGGACCUGCUGUCCCAAAGCAGCCCCUACCUCCUAUCCCAUGAGCACAGCCAGAUCUACCAUUGCAAGAGGAAAGUAGAGGAAGAGUGUCAGCCAGGAGAACACACUUACAAGAAAGCGUACCUUGAGAGCUCUCCCAGCGAUGAGGACUCCUACUACCGAGCAGGGGGCUACUCCCACCCACCUGCCUCCUAUAGGACUGAGUCGGCACAGCGUCAGGCCUGCAUGUAUGCCAGCUCAUCACAAGCGGCAGAGCCUGUGCCUAGUCUGGAGGACAUAAGCUGCAACACCUGGGCCGCUGUGUCACCCUACAGUGGAUGCCCAGUGACUGCCAUACAGCCGAUGGAAAGGCUGCCAUACCAGCACUUCUCUGCCCACUUCACUUCCGGUCCACUCAUGCCCAGGCUUAGCGGAGUGGCCAGCCAUGGCUCUCCCCAGAUCACAGACACCCACGGCAUGUACCAGAGCUCCGUGCCCCACCAGUCCAUCGCUCGGCAGUGCGUUCCCCAGACGGGCAUCCAGUCCUCCAGCAGUGGGCUCCAAGGCAGUGAGUACCUGUACUCUCACGGCAUGCCACGCAAUCUCUCCCCCCACCAGUAUCACACCGUCCACGGAGUCAGCAUCGUGCCAGAGUGGAAUGAGACCAGCUAAUCAGAAAGGAGGAAGGGGGAAGGAGGGCAAGACAAACAGGGUGCAAUCAAAUGACGUUAAUCAAUGUUUGCAUUUCAUAAGAACAAAGCUGCCUUCAAAAUGGAUGCACAACGCUGCUUAAAUGGCCUCUGAAGAUCUGCUUUGGUUUCUACUAUGUUUUCAAUACACCCCCCUUUUGAGACUCCAUAUAAAGGUGCUCCUUUCUAGGAAGGACAGAGGUUAAAUAGGAGCCACAAAAACAAUUUUAAGAAGGAAAUCAAAAGAUGUCAGAUGAAAGCUUUGCUUUGCCAUCCAACGAACGCAGGUUGAUUGGAAGCGAAAAACUUUUACCUGCAGAUAAAAGGAGUUGGCAAAAGAUCUAAAAUCUGAGACAUGCAACUUUAAAUGGCCAAAUGGUAUUCAGCUCACUUCUGUUUGUGUUUUCAUUGUAAUCUUUUUGCAUUUUUUUUCUGUGAACUGGUACACUCCGUUCACACUGUUAAGUUGCAAAGCUCUUAAUUCAAUCAAACAAAUGUGGCAAACUGGUCCUAGAAUGUUUUGGCACUACAUAGCUUUUAUUUACUGGCAUCUGUGUAUGCAACACACAGGGGCCAAGUCAAUUUCAGGUACAAUAAAUGCAUUGUGGUACUAUCUUAUUGAUCCAAACAGCUACAGAUCUUAGAACUGUGAGAAAUGCUCUAGUGCAGAACUCUUUCCAACAUAUUUUGUAAUAUUUAGUGAUGUUACUUUUUAGGAAACACCAGUUGGACUAUAAAAGUUAAAGAAUGGCGUUAGCUCUACAACUGUUAAUAUCUAUAAAAUAGACCUCAAUGCAUCAGAGAAAGGAUAGAUUAUUUUGGUACUAAAUAGGUUAAUUGCACUUUUUCACAGUAGUGGCACAAAGUGUCAAGUUACUUUAUAGCUAAUCUCUGGUCUAAUGUAAAUUAAAUAGUGCCGUGCACAGGAAAUAAAGUUAAUGUGUGAUUGACUCUACCCUAUGAUUGCCAAUUGCUACAGUUGAGCAUGCUUGCACCAGUAUUAUUAAGCGAUAAGUCAGCCGUUUACAUUGUACUCACUAUACAUCUACCUACACAUUGAGUUAGCUACAGUAAACCUGUAUAGAUUCAUGGGAUUUUUAAAGAAAUAUAUAGAAAUAAAAUAUUAUCUUUUGCAGAAUUAAAGGGAUCACAUUGUUCAAGUCAAUCCUACAUUGUAAGCAAGACAAAGGUUGAAAUGUUAUAGCAGAAAUGUUUGUCUUAUUAUUUUUUGUUCACAUUCUCUAAAAAAAACUCACAAAGCCCUUAAAAAGUUUACCGUGGUAUAACCCACCAUGAUAAAAGCCUAGGGAAACACAGUAAAAACACGAAAAACCACCAAGAUGUCCACUGAAGAUAUAUUAUUGAUAUUCAAGUCUAGUGUGAUCAUCGAACUUAUGUGGUAAAAGCAUAACAACAAUGGUAAACUAUGAUAAACCAAUGUACACACAUGGGGUACACAGCAGUGAAAAUUGCAAAAAUCUUAUAGGGAAUGAAAUACUGGCAUUAGUGUCACUCCAAAGAAAGCUUUAAGUCUGCUUUAGACAGCUCUGUUUUUAUAAACAGUGUCACCGAACAGGCCGUUUUUUGUCCUGUAGCAUUUUUGAACCCCCUGGAAAACAAAAUGAAAUAGACUGACGUGUUUCACAAGCAAAGAUUUUAGUUCUGAGAAGAAAAAAAGAAUAAUAAGAAAAAGGAACAGCUGAAAUGGCUCAUCCACUUAAAACAACCCAGCAGUACAUAUAAACAGCGUGAUGCUGAUGGAUUUUCUAGUGUUCUUGCAGCUGGUUUUUUUCUACUCCUUUAUUGUCUGCUCUUGCACAGCUGAUUUCUUUUCCAUAUUUCGCUGGAAUUUCUUCCAGUCUAAACAAAACCAGAUAUGUUUUUCAAGCUAGCCACUCCAAGGGUUAGAGAUUGGCAUCUCUGUUAUGAAAUUCAACAUCCAAACCUGUAAUCAAAAGCACUUGAACACUGAAAGAAAAAUGUCUGACUAUAUAUCAAAUGGAAAACAAAAUCUAUCACACAGUUUACCAGUGUGCAUGGAAGGUGUUGAAUGAUGACACAGGCCCUCGGUUGCCAACGCCUGGUUGCAUUCACACAUAUAAUGCCUGGUCACCGUAUCGCAUACCAGGUUGGGCCACUGUUUUCUCUUAAUCACAGCCUUGACACAAUGUAGCAUCCAUAAGGUGCUAGAUGAUGUCUCAAGGGAUCCGUUCAAUCUUUAAAACAUCACGCAAUUACCAAGCUAGCUAGAGGAUCAUAAUGACAUAUGCAUCUUUCAAGUUCAUCCCUGUGAAAAGAUACCUGAUGUCAAGCUCCUCAAACCAUUUGUGCACAAUUCUGACACGGUGGAUAGGUGUAUUAUUGAAAGUAACCAUCACCUUCAGGGUAAAGCAUUGGGUGAACUUGAUCCAGAACCAUAAUUAAGUAAACUGCUUGUCUCCAUACCAGGGUAAUGCCUAAAGACAAUUGUGUUGACAGGUCAUUCUAACAUGGCCAGGCAGUUUAAGUUUCUGAUUCAUUAGUUGCAGGAGCUGUCCAAUUGUCCUGAACUACUGAAUCUAAAGUGCAGAACAUAGCAUUUUCACCUUUUAGUGGAUGUAAAAAAUAAAAUAAAAAAAUGCUUGACUGGUUUCACAAAUCCCGUUUAGCACUAAUCUUGGACUACCUUACCAAAAAUAAAAUUCAGGUUAAACUUGAUUGAAACAAACCCCUGAUGAAUCAAUAAGAGAUGGAGCAGGGUGGAAUUCAAUUGCAGUCAGACCUGUCUUACUAGCCAGUUCAACCGAAAAAUAACAAAAAAGGGAGGCAUCUGAAAACAGCAACUCAAGAGUCAGUGGCUAACGGUUCAUUCAGAUUUCACUCAACUGAUUUCCGUAUAUUUAGUCCAGUAAUGUGUUUCUAAUUCUAUGAUACUCUAACCUACUCACCAUGCCUUUCUGUAUUGAAUACCUGUCGUAAAGAGCAUAUUAAAAUAACAAACAAAAAAAACAACAACUAUCCUGGCAUUGUACUAUCAACUGAAUAUCAUAUACAAUCACAGGGAAUGUCUGUUUUAUUCUGAGGAGUUCCUUAAAUAUCAUGCCUGACAAAUAAUAACAGCGAUAAGUGUGUUUAAAGAGAUCUGCAUAGUACAGCCUCGGUUUCUCUCAAAUACCUUUAUAUGUUCCCUUUUUUUAAAAAAACAUUUCUAGUUUUGCUUGUUUUUUUAAGAGUUAUUGUAAGGAGAAAGGGUAAUUGAAAAAAAAAACACAAAAAAAUUAAAUUAUGUAUCAAGCAAUAAGUAUUGUUUAUUGAAAAACGAAAUGCAACAGUUGUUUGUAUUAAUUAUUAGUAUUGUUCUUGUUCAUAGUAUUUAUUGUUCUAGCAUUAUACAAAUCAAUUGUUUCUAGUUUGUUGGAAAUCAUAUAUUGUUAGAUUUUUUAAAGAACAGAAAAGGAGUGGAAACAAAUAUGUUAUAGAAGUCUGGUUAAAAUGUAAUUGUUGUAUAAAGAGAUGGAUUACUUUGUUGUUUUUGGUGUAAAUAAACACAAAUGUAUAUA